AUGAAUACACCGGCAGUCAUCGAUCGCAAGCACGGGCCCUUGGCUACCGAAGACGACGAUGUCAAGGACUACGGCGCCGACCACGUCGAGAAGCUCGACACGACAAAGUCAACCCCCAAUAAUCUAUACGACUCGAUAGAACAGACAAAGCCUUCCAACUCGGUAUGGCUUAUUACCGCGACGGUAGCCAUGGGAGGAUUCCUGUUUGGCUACGACACUGGUGUCAUAUCAGCCGUGCUGGUAAAUCUCCGAGCGGAUCUCGGACAUGCUCUCUCCUCCAACGAACAAGAACUCAUCACGUCCCUUACAUCGGGUGGAGCACUCAUUGGCGCUGUCAUUGCCGGUAUGACGGCUGACAGACAUGGUCGCAAGUUUGGUAUUUACAUUGGCUGCUUUCUGUUCUUUAUCGGAUCUAUAAUUCAAGCUGCAUCUUUCAGUCUGGCACAGAUGGCAGUGGGAAGAUUUGUCGUCGGCCUGGGAGUUGGCUCUGCAGCAAUGAUUAUCCCCUUGUACAUAAGCGAAAUUGCCCCAGCAAGACACCGAGGACGAAUGAUUGCCCUGGACAACAUGAGCGUGACAUUUGGACAAUUGAUCUCGUACGCUCUCGGCGCCGCGCUCACUGGCCCAGCCCACGGUUGGCGAUACAUGGUUGCCAUUGGUGGCGUGCCACCGGUUAUCCUCUUCUUCCUCCUACCUUUGUGCCCCGAGUCUCCGCGCCAACUACUAUCUCAUGGACAUCGUGAAAAAGCUACACAAGUUAUUGCUAGGGUUUACCCACAUGCUUCCGAAGCACAGGUAUCGGCAAAGGUCGAUCACAUUGUACAAGGCGUAGAGGCAGAGAGCCAUGCCCUGGCUGGCAAGUCUCUUUGGUGGCAGUUUAAGCAGCUUCACUUUGUAGGCUCAAACCUACGUCCGCUGAUUUCUGCAUGUGCUAUUAUGGCUAUCUCGCAGCUCGGUGGAUUCAAUACCCUCAUGUAUUAUUCAGCAACCCUCUUCUCUCUUGUCGGGUUCAAUAAUGCUACGGCAGUCGCUAUUGUGGUUGGAGCCACCAACUUUAUCUUUAGCAUUGUCAACCUCGUCAUUAUCGACAAAGUAGGCAGACGCAGGAUUCUCCUGGUUACUGUCCUUGGCAUGUCUUUGACUCUUGCAUUGGUUGCUAUUGCAUUCCAUUUCAUCCCAAUCUCAAAGGAUCUCGUGCUAGAAGCCGACUCUGUCAACUGGGCCGGCAUCGUUGUCUUGGUGGCCAUUAUCAUCUACAUUGCCUUUUUCUCUGGAGGCGUGGCGACCAUUGCUUGGGUGGGCACUGAACUCUUGCCCCUCGAAGUUCGUGCCCUCGGCACCAUGAUGAACACGGUGACAUGCUGGGGUUGCAACAUCAUUAUUGCCUCGACCUUCUUGUCCAUGAUGAAGGGUAUUACGCCAAGCGGCGCCUUUGGCUUUUACUCGGGCAUAUGCUUUGUUGGUUGGCUGUUUGUCAUAUUUUGUUAUCCCGAAGUGAGCCGGCUCCCACUGGAGGAAGUGCGACAGGUAUUUGAUGAUGGCUUUGGGGUCAAGCUGGCGAGCCGAAUGCAGCGGGAACGCAAGUUGAUAGAGGCAUCAGCAUUAGCAUAA